AUCCUCAGUUUUGUACCAUGGAGCCGCUUCAUAUUAAAACACCACUGUUUGAGAGUCAUGCGAUGACUAAACUGGCGGGAUUCCCUGUUUACUUAAAGCUAGAGAACGUACAACCACCAGGAUCCUUCAAGAUUCGAGGAAUUGGCAAUUUGUGUCAGAAGGCCAUGCAAAGAGGAUGCAAUCAUAUGGUUUGUUCAUCAGGUGGCAAUGCUGGGCUUGCAGCAGCAUAUGCAGCUAAAAAACUUAAGAUCCCUUGCACUGUGAUUGUACCAGGAUCAACACCAAUGUUUAUUGUGGAAAGACUGAGGGAAGAAGGAGCUACAGUUGAAAUCUGUGGCAGUUCUUGGGAUGAUGCAGAUGCAAGAACCUUGACACUAGCAGAGCAGCCAGGCUAUGCUUAUAUUCCACCAUUUAAUCACCCUGAUAUCUGGGAGGGUGUGGCCUCUGUCAUUCAUGAAUCAGCUGCACAGCUGCCAGAGAAACCAAGCAUUGUUGUGGUAUCUGUUGGUGGAGGGGGGCUAUUGUCUGGGGUGUUACAAGGUAUGCACAGUGUAGGGUGGACUGAUGUCCCUGUUGUUGCCAUGGAGACCAAGGGAGCAGACAGUUUUAAUGCAUCAGUUCAAGCAGGGAAGCUUGUUACAUUAGAUGCUAUUACAAGCGUUGCAAAGUGUUUAGGUGCAAGAAGAGUAGCAACAAAUGCACUUGAAUGGACUAAGAACCACAAGAUAAUAAGUCAUGUGUGUAGUGACAAGGAAGCUGUCUUAGCAUGCGACAAAUUUGCAGAUGAUCACCGUAUGUUAGUUGAACCAGCUUGUGGCGCGGCCCUGGCGUGUGUGUAUGAAAGACUUUUCAAAGUGUGGCAGGAGCAAGGAAAGCUUGGGGAACUAAAAUCGGCUCUUGUUAUUGUCUGUGGGGGAAAUUUAGUGUCUUUAAAAGCAAUGAAAGAAUGGAAAGACCAACUUGGGCUUAGUUGACAAAGAAGAGUUCUUAUCGUCGUGGAAACCUUGGGAAAACGAGGCGAUUUGGAUUCGUAAUGUACGGGGUUACUCGGAGCUGUAUCGGAUACCAUCGGAGAAACACUCGCUUUUUUAUUCGGAGUCGCUUCGUCAGUUUUCGAGAGCUAUACUUAAUUUUUCCUCUGCCCUGUGUUCUAGUCCAGGUUUAUGAUAUUUCAAUGGGGUUAUAUUCACUGCAGCCCGUAGGUGGGGUGUUAAGAAUGUAGAUAAUGAACUGAGUUUUUAAUGUAUAAAGGCUGAUAGUUUCUAAAGAAACUGGUUGGGGCUGCGUCGGUGGGGGUAACGAAAU